AUGGAGGCUAAGGAAUGGUUUGAUAAGUUUUGCCAACAAGUAGAAUUGGAAGGAAAAUGCAAAGAGAAGGCUUGGAACAUUUGGGUGUCUGUUUCCUCAAAAAUAAAAGAAAAAUCUGAGGUAUAUGAAAAUUCAGAGGCUCAUUUGCUUUUUAGUUUAUUCAAAGAAGCAAAUUAUAAUUUGCAUCAAGAUUGUGGUAUAAAUAAUGAUUUCGGAUUCUGUGUUUUCUUGCCAUCUUCAAUGUGGAUGUUUCAAACUCUUCCCCCAUUAUGUGUUUGAAAUAGGCAUUUUCACAUCAAGAUAAAUGGAAAAAUUUUGACUAUUUCUAUGAAAUCAGAUUUGUUAAUUCUGUUAAAUAUUAUAAGACUACAAUUUAAAAACCAGUCCUAGACUUAUCAAAGCCUUAAAGUAAUCUUUUAACUCUAGAAUCAGUUUCAACUAGAAUGCUGCAACUUCAUGUUGAGCCUUAAUUAAAUGUGGCAAUUAAAUCAUACUUUGUUUCCCUUGCAGAAUACUUUAAUUCCAUGGUUUAUAUGUGCCAUAUAUGUUACGAAUUGUGACACAAGGUCAGUAUGCAGUUGACAUGUACAAGAGUAGCUGUGAAAUGAAAAUCACCCAUAAUGAAAAAGUUACCCAUACAAUCCUUUUUCUGAUAUUCAGAUUUAAUAGCGUUCAAGAUUCAGGUGCCACUAAAAUUACCUGUUCAUUGAGCAAGCUAUUGAAGGAAGCUAAAAUAAGGUAAGGCAAAACUGUUAGAGACUGAGUUACAUUAGUUUUAUGAAUUUUUUGUGUGGUUUUUCUUUGUUUUAAAAUGAUUUAUCAUUUAUGGCUGUACUCUUUUGAGGUUACAUCAUCAUACAGUUAUAGACAAAAAGAUAUUUUAUACUAGUGAGGUUCAUACUGUAUGUUAGUGCAAUGAUAUUUUCUUUCUGGCAGCAUUGUGGAAUUCUUCCAGAAGAUGAAAAAGUUCAGUUCAGUUUGGGAAGUUGGUGCUCCUGUUACAGAUCACCUUACUGAAGUAAAGAAAACAUUUUGUAUAUCUGCAGCUCUGUUCCACAAGUUUCAAAGGUACAUAACUUAUUUAUAGUCUUAGUUAACAAUUUUUCCUUGAUCAAGAAGAAUGAUAUCUGACACAAAUUUAGUUCUUCUUUUUUGCAUGAUACCUAUUAUGCUAAGUGCAAUGUAUAACUUGCAUCAGUAAAAUUCUACCCCCAUUUGUUCCAUGGAAUCAUAAAAAGUCUUUAUUGUCCUAUAUGAUACUUGUGAUCCCAUGUGACAUCCUAGAACUUAACUUACAAUUAUAGUGUUGCAAAUAUAUUUCCUAAUGACUGUAGUUAUGGUGUCUGAGGCUGAUGUUGAUAAUUAAACUUUAUGUAAUAUUUUCAUUGUUGCAGAGUAAUGCCUGUGCUUUUUAAAGGUUGUCAAGACUUAUGUGACAGGUAUUAAAGAAUUUUCCUUUUUAGUAAGUUUGUCAUCAUUUAAAUUACAACUUUUGGCAUAACAUGUUAUAGCUGCUAUGGUGCUGCUCCCCAUGACAGGCACCAUAAAAGGUAACUGGUGUAGAGCUCUCUACCCAAUGGCAAACAUAAUUCCUUUUCUUUUGUUUUCAUGUUAAUCAGCCUUCUUACCCCUGUCAAUAUCAGUAAAAAUAAUGGAAUUUUUGCUGAAAAACAAGACCAAGAACUCUGAAUUGUAUGCAAUUUAAAGAAUGACAAAGAGGCCCAAAAGUUAAACAAGAAGUCUUUGCAGGUUUUACAGAACAGAGGAAGCUACAACAGAAAUGAAAUGAUGUGGUGUAUUUGAAUGAAUUUGAGUUGACUGAUUUUAUUUUGACAGUGAAGAGAGAACAGAAACAUUAAAAAAAACAUGCUGGCUUUUAUAUCUAGUCUACAAAGGUACAGUGUUUCAUUUUUUGUCAUAAUCUACAUCUGCUUUUAUCAUUAAUAGUUUGAUUGAAUAUAAUCAAAUUAGUUGGACUCGGUUUAUUAAUUUAUAUAUGUACUCAUUUGCUUUAAAACCCUCUCUUUGUAUUGCAUUCAUCUAUAAGUUGACUUUCUUUAUAAUUAUUAUCCAUUGUGAAAUACCAUAAAUGUCCAUGUAUAAGCUGCAUCCAAAGGGGGAAGUGUAACUUUUUUAGCCUCUCGUUUAUGUUUUGUGAUCAUUUUUUUACCAGCUUGCUUAAUAUUGUCUCUUACUGAUUUUAGGUCACAGUAGUUUGCUGAUUUUCUUUUCUCUGAUAAUCCAUUUGCUGAAAUUAAUUUUGGGAAUGCCCCCACCUGGAAAAAGAAAAUAAAACAAAAAACAAACAAACAAACAAAUGGUUAGCUCAAAGUGGGUUUCUGCAUUCUCCUGUUUGCAUUUUCUGUAGGCUGGAAUUCUAACCAGGUGAAAGAAUUAAUGACGGCAUUCAAUCUCUUGUUGUGCUGUGUGGAUCAUGUACACAAUAGAUUUGGCCAACAGCUGCAGACAGGGGAAGGUAAAGUUUUCACUUAAUUCAAAGUGGAGGACUCCAACUUCUGAUUAAUUUUAAUCAGAAGUGAUUUUGAUAUGCAUACUUCAUUUGUCAAUUAUCCACACCAUUAUAUAUCAAUACUGACACUGUUCCUCAUUGUUGACAUGUUCAGUUCUCUCAGGGACAAAUAUCUGGGAAAGUGUGGUAAGUCAACAAUUUUUACUUAAAGUGAAAUUAGAAUCAUGUUUCUGCUGUGUAGGUCCUUGAAGUAUUGUAAAAAAAUCACUCACUCAAACUCUGUAACCUAAGCUUCCCACUGAUGUGAACUGAAAGCUAUUAGUUUAAUUCAUGACUCAGGCUUGGAGAGCAUAUGAUCUGGUCUAUCAGCUGGCUCAAACUCCCUGUGUCUUAAACUGAUUUGUAUUUUCCAGCAGGGUUGUCCUAUACAUUUUUCAUACUUAAAUCUUUAGAGUUAAUAUGUUUAUACUUGUACUUUUCUGUGUGAUAAUCAAAUUCUUGGAUUCUCUUGAAUUUAGCAUGAUGGAAUCCUUCCCAAUCUAUGUGAGGAAUUGAGUGUACCUCUUUCAAAUGUAUGUAUAAAAGGAUAUAAUUUGUAGUUGAAGGAAAUGAUACAUUUCAUCCUGUUUCUGGUUGUCAGAAUAAAGCAUUCAAAUAAACCAGAAUAAACCAUCCAAAGCACAAUUUAAGAUGUAACAGGCGUUUCGAAAUCCCCCGGUGGAGGACAAACCGUUUUAAAAACACCUUCAUGAUGGCCUCCACCAUUAAAUAUAACAACAACAGUUAAUUAACGAUCGUUUCCUAGAAACCUAUGUAGAUAAUGUAAAUAUAGCUUUUAAAUGUAGAUAGGUUUUAGCUCAUAGAUUUUUUUAAUUGUUUAUAAUUUUGAAUAUUCUUAUAUACGUUAUAUAAUAUAUUUAUUUAAUUACAUUAUUAUAAUAUACGCAAUUCAGCCGCAAGGCUGCUAGGUAUAUUUAAAUAAACUAUCUAUCUAUCUAUCUCAUUAAGAAAUGAAAAUGUCAGUGGUUUACAUCAUGGAAUUUAAUCAGCACAAUUUACUGACUUCUGCUUCUGUUAGCAAGUAAAAUCUCUUUUUGUGCUGUUUCUUUUUUAGGUUGCAUUAAUCUACUCACAACACUUUAAACCAUUUUUGGAGAAGUUAAUUGAGGUACAAGUAACUUUGUUGAUUACAUGUAUCAUUUAUUAACAAAGUAAUGUCGCAAAACUGUUAUGAUGGACAAACUUGCUGCACAAGUUCUUGUUGAGCAAGAGCUCAAACAACAUUAAUUCCCUGUACUGUACAUCAACACUGAACAAACUUUACCUUAACUGUUUAAUCACAUUUUGUUCAUAUGAAUGAUUUUCUUCCCUUUCUGCUUUGUUACUUUCCACAGCAAAAUGCAAGAAACUUGUUGAAAGUAAGUAAUAGAGUCAAGAGAGCUUGGAUUGGUCAUGUUGGUGCUAAUCCAAUUUGUUAAAUCAUGACAUGUUUAUUAACAACUCUGGUAUUGACCCCCUAAGAGUGACUAGCAUCUAAUUAUCCUUACAAUAUCACCACUGAAUCACACUUUGAUGUCAUGAGAAUAGAUGAAAUAAUCACCAACUAAAGAAACUCUUGAUUGUUAGACAAAUUUGCUGUAGUUAAUUUACAGAUAACAGUUAAGGGUUAAGAUUGACUUAUAAAGAGGUGCUAGACAGUGAGAGGCCACCUCAGCUUAAAUUUACUGUGUUGUUCAAAUAAACACACUCCAAAAUAUAUUAAAAGUAAUGAUUUUAUAAUGAUAUGGAUUUAAAAGUGAUCACACUGGUGGUGUUAGGUAUUGUUCUGUAAAUUAUCUAAUUUUGACAAUCUCUGUCUGCAGAUUGGUGAUUUAAAUUCCAUCUACGAAGAAGUCUGUGCUAGAUCUGGAGAUGUUGAUGAGAGAGACUUCUUUGACAAAAAUGGCUAUUUGUGGAUUCCUUUCAAUGAAGAACCCAAUGAAGUGGGACAUGGCAGGUACAAAAGAUCUCAUAUUUACCCAACUAGUAAUUUUUUUACAAAAUGUGAGACUAGCUGUAUUUGAUUUAUUCAAUUUAGUGCUGGAACUAUUAGUGGUGGAACUACCAAUACUGCAAUCCAUGAUGAAUUUCAACCUGUUUUGGUAACCCUAACAGCUGAUUUAGAAUCAAGGUACAGUACAUAUGUACAUCUUCAGCUCUAAUUCUUUUUCUUGUUCUUUCUCUGAUUUGGGGUUAUGUAUGGAUAUUUCCUUCAGAGGAAACAUAAUCAGUGAUCAAAAUUAUAACUGAGUCAUAAUACCUUCUUCUCUGCUUGGUUUCUUUUUCCAUGUACAGUAGAAGGUCCUACCCACCAAGCUCAUCAUCAUUUACUGAUUUAAGAGCUACACUUGAAGAAAGAAGGUACUGUUUGUGCAAAGGGAAUAUGUAAAUCAGUUAUACAAUUCACGGUGAGGUCUUUUAAAAUUUUAUGUUAUGCAAAUUAACAAGAAUAUGUACCCUUUUAAGAUAACAUAGCCUUUGUUCUUCACUCAUAUUGUCAAUCAUAAUUCCAUUGAGUGCCAAAUACUGUAUAGAGGGUAAAAUAAGCAAUUCACUUUUAUACUUACUCAUAACUCAGCAAUACAUAUACAUGUACAUAACACAAUCUUAUUUUUGGAGAGGUGGAGUAACACAGUCCACUUGCACACUCAAGCUAGAUCACAACAGCGAAGUAUAAAUAUACUCAGUCUGGUUAGUCAACAUUAAAAGUAUCAUUUGAAGUAUGAAAUGACAUAAUGCAGCUCUCGACACAAACUGAUUGCAGGAAAUCUUAUUUGAUAAAUUAUAUAUUUUGUGUUUAGCCAUUUGCCAGGUCAAGAACUGAUAAGGUUUUGGGAAGUAAGUAUUUGUAAACAACAUACCAGUAUAAUGUAUUGCAUUAAAAAUGUAUAAUAGGAGCUUGAGGCUGAGGUAGAGAAAUCCUGCUAACAGAAUCAUUGAAGAUUCCAUUCCAGAUCCUUGUCACUCUUAAAUGCCAGCCUUAAGCUUUUGUAUGGGAUAAUUUUUGACUUAUACACCACUUUGGCUUGAAAUCCAAGGCCGGAGCCAAAUUAAUUUAAAACAUAUUGGCAUCAAUACUGAAUUCUAAAAAUUAAAAAGAUGAAAAUCAUAGUCCUUAUCUCAAUAUUUGUUCAUUAGCCUGAGAAAAGUCUUACUUCAGUCAAACAUGAGGUUACAAAUAUUGGUAUCAUAGGUCAUAAGUUUAUGUUUCAAGUCUCUUCACUCAGCAAGGAAUUUUUUCAUGUGGGAUUUAAUAUAUAAAUGACUUAUUUUCUCCUUUUAGUCUUGCGGAAGAAAUCCUAGAAAUCUCAUACAAUCCAAAUUAACAGGUGAGAAGUGACUUUUUUUUACUUCGAAUUAUUUAGAAUAUACGUAAGAAAUAAAUAAACAUUAUAAUUCUCUUUUACUAUUGGAUAGGAUCUGACAAGUAUUUGAUGAUUACAUUUGUUGGUUGACUUAAUUAAAAUUUUUAGCCGUUCAGGACGGUUUCCUGAAAGGAUUUGAUGACACUGCAGUUUGUGAAGGGGACUAUAAUAUUUCAAUUCAGGUAAUUUGCUUUUAUAUGGUUACUGACUAUAUCAUUUUAACCAUUUCACUCCCAAGAUCUCAUUUGGUAAUUCUCUUUACUGUCUGCCGUACAUUUCUAAUAAUGUUUGUUCUGAGAAGUUGGUAUUAAAUCACCAUCUGAAUCAACUGAUGUUUUCUUUGUUCUCAUCACUUGUCUGUAUGAUAGAAGAGAUGAAGGAAGGUGAUAAAUUGUGAUAUCUUUUUUCUUUGAUGACUGGACUCAAAAUUAACCUUUUCUAAAAUCUGUUUUAAUGUAAUAUCUUUUGUGUUUGUUGCAGAUUUUUGUCCUGGCAAAGAAACUUUAUUAUAGAGUUAUGGAGGCUAUGCUGUUGGCAGUGAGUUAAUUUCUUUUUUGCACUUGUUAGCAGCAACAACGUCUGUUUAACUUGCAGUUAAAUUUAUUUUAUCUUAUUUCAUACUGUAUACUUCAUACACAGGAAGGUCUUCCACAUAUUCCUUAAUAGAAAGAAAGCUAUGCUUACUGCAACUUAGAGAAAAAGUGAAGCAAGCCACAAAUUAUUCUUUAACAAGAAUUAUUUCUUUGUCUUUCAGGAAGAGAAAAGAUUAUCUUAUAGUGAUUUCAGGUAGUUACUGUCUCCAAGAUUUGUCCUUUACAACUAUAAAGAUGUUUUUUAACACAAAUUUUACAUUUUUGGAAAAAGGUGGAAUGCAUUGUAUUUUCUGAAUCAAUCACUAAUUGUUUGUUUUCAUGUUGUCAGUGCUCUACUGAAUAGUGAAACAUUCCAUGUUUCUCUUUUGGCCUGUUCCCUUGAAGUUGUUAUGGCUGACAAAGGAUCGUCAUGUACGUAAUACUUUUAUUGCAUUGUUCCUUUAUCAUAUGUUAUGUAAGAACUUCAAUCACCCAACAUUUACUUCAAACCACCUGCAUCCAUUGGAUAAUGUUAUCAUCCAGGGUUAGAUAUCCCUUGGAUGUCUGUCAGAGUAGUGCUCAGUACUUCUCAUUUCUGAUACAAUAAUUUCCAGGGCCAACUCUAGCAUUUCCUUGGAUUCUUGGCAUUCUGAAGCUGGAGGUAAUACACUGAAGUUAAUGUUAUUCAGCAUGUACAGUUUGUGUCAACAUUUUUGUCUCCUUAAUCUGUUUUGGAAAUAGUAUCAACUGAUUCAAAGUUGUGAAUUAACCCUUUCACUUCCAAGAGUGAUCAAAAUCUAAUUUUUGUCCUUAAAAUAUUUUCAAGACAGUGAGACAGGUGAUGAGAAAACAAGAAAAACAUCAACUGGAUGAUAUUGUUAACACUAAAUUUUCAGAGCUUAAAUACUUUGCAAUAUGUGAUAGACAAACUGAUAAAUUGAUGCUUGAAACUUAGAAGUGAAAGGGUUUGAUCUAAAAUGGUAUUUUGUUUUCUCUGCAUCACCAAUAACGAUUGAAAUGCAAAACUUAAGUAGCUGUAUUUUGAACCUCAGAGUUUGCAUGUUAUUGAUUGUGAAAGUUCUUUUGCAUUUUAGGCAUUUGAUUUUUUCAAAGUCACUGAAAGUUUCAUUCUUCAUGAGCCACUUCUUAGUAGCAGUUUAAUUAAGGUAAAGAAUGUACCAAUGACCUACAUGGUGUUUGAAACUUUUGGCAGAAACUGGAAAAUUAUUUUGAUCAUCAGUAAUUAAGCAAUAAUGCUAACUUGUUUUUUGUUUUGUUUUGUUUUACUUUCUUUUUGUCAGCAUGUAAAUCGAAUAGAGGAACAAGUGUUGGAGAAUUUGGCAUGGAAAACGGUGAGUGCAGAUCAGCAAUUAUUUAGAGGGCCUCCCCCUUAGCAAACCUUCAAGGGAGUUGAGAUACCAAAAACUUCGUUACAAGGAUAAUACUGUUUAUUGUCCUCUUGUUUAUCGUAUUUCACUGUUGUUUCUGACUCUCUUUUCCAGGGUUCACCUCUAUUAAAAGCAAUGGAAACCUAUCAUCCACAAUCUGACCCAGCAACAGUGUAAGUAUUUGUGAAAGGAUGCUGCCACUUAGCUGUAAAAGCGCUUCAAAGGGAUAACCGGAAACCUAUAUUUGGCAGACCAAAUUUCUAUUAUUGACGAGGAAGAGCUCGAAACCACUAUAUCUGUAGUGAUUUGUUUGUUGGACAUAAUUUUUCAUUCUUAUCAGUUAACUUUGUUUGUCUUAGAGGCUCUGUUCAGCAGCAAAAGAAGUCACAGUCUCUAAAUUUGUUUUUGAGGAGAGGUUAGUGCUAAGAUUUUUCUGGCCUUUCACUCCAAGUUGUGAGAGUUUUUACAAUCUUGUCAUACUUUUGAUACUCAGUCAGGGGAAAAGGUAAUGUUACAGUAUAUAACUCAAACGACAGUGUUUUCAUGUAACACGUGUGUUAACAGGCCAACUUGCGAAGAACUUUUUCAAAAUGUAACCUACGCUUUUUCUAUUUUUUUUUAAUGUCUGCAGUAAACCAGUUGUCCUACCAUCGUUUAACAACGCUUUGUGAUAAACUUGAAGUCAGUGACACGCUGGUAAGUAUGACAUGUGCAGUAUUGUGGUCCUGACCAUAAUGGCCUCUCGAACCUAGAACUAAAACAGGCGCUAAAUUGAGCGCGAAGGUUUCAAUCAGGGUGUGUGCGUGGAUCUCAAUUUAUGAUAUGAAAACCUUAAAGCCUAACCCAUUUUGUUACCAUGUUUUACAAGAAUUUCAAUUAAUCUCACCAGACGUAAACGAACCACGUAGACGUAAACGUUAAUUGUGUUAUUCUUCUCCAAGAUUGAAACAACAUCAUAAACACUUUACAUCUUGACGGGUUCUACUAUUGGAAACAAUUUGAAAAAUAAGAUUAAGUUUCUCGAAAUUAGUUUUAAUUAAAAAAGAAAAAAAAAAAGCGAAAAAAAAAGUUGUCGUCAAGAAUAGUUAACGCCACUGUGCCGGCUUUUCUACAACCCUCAGUUACACCUAUAUAAUAAAAGCCGUUUCUCUCUCAAGAAAGGCCUCUAAACCAGUAGUAUAUCUUUGUUCAGACGUGCUUAAAAUUCUCAUGUCAGGUCAGUCACAUGUGGACGUGCUUGGAACAUUCACUGAGAUUGCAUUGGCAGUUGAUGGUUGACCGUCACUUGGACCAGGUUCAUGUACAAAGCGUUGCAUUUAUGUUGGCUUCAUCCUUUCACUCUCAGGAGACACCCAAAAGAACAUUCUCCUUAAAUUUUCAACUAGAGUAUAUCGUUUGAUGUAACAUUAAGCGUAAAUUAUGGGAAUUGUAUGGCAGGCAACACGGAAAAUUGAUGUAAAUAUUGAAUGAGAGAGAGUAUUAAAGACACUUCGGUACUCCAGAGCUUUCACUUAUCCUAUCCCAGGCAGGCUGUCGAGUUAACGAGCCUAUGUGAUUCUGAGCAGCCUGCGCCAGCCAGCGGCCGCUCGUGCGAAGGACCUUUCUUGUCCGAUUUCUCGCUUGCGUACUUCUAGAGCAUGUCUUUCACAGAGCACCGGCUACACGGGCUAUUUCACCUAAAAAAUCCAAAUUUAGCGGCAGUAAUUUAAUCUUUCACUUUCACGUUUCAAAAAUUGAAUCAUACAUACACAAUCGGGGAUUGAGAUCAUUUAAAUCUUUUUCUUAUGAUUGUAUUUUAAGACGAUGAGAAAUAAUUACUUUAUCUCCCCUACAGAUGCUUUUGUGUGCAGUGUACGCCAUUUCUAAGGUGGUCGGAAAAGAAAUUCAAUUUAAACAGAUUGUCACCGUCUACAAAGGAUUGCCAUUUGCAUCGGCACAGGUAAGUUUCUGAAAGGAAUUUGUUUACUCAAUUAACCCUCAAAGGAAUUUGUUUACUCAGUUAACCCUUUAACUCCGGUGAGUGACCAAGACAGAAUAUUUCCUUACUAUAUCAAUACAUUAUCGUGCAAACAAGUGAUGAGAAUGAAGAAAAAUAUCAACUAUAGGAUUACUAAUUGUCCGAUACCACAUUCUCCCAACUAACAUAACGAGAAUCGUUUGGCAGACAGUAAGGAGAAUUACUAAUGAGAUCUUGGGGGUUAAAGGGUUAAGCUCCCGCUCAGUUAAGCUCUCGCUCAGUCAUCUAUGCAUGCGUUCGUUUAUUCAUUUAUUUUUGUUGUCAAUCUCUGACAGAAAGUGAUAAAGAAUGUAGAAAGUGCUGUCUUGGAAAGGAGAAUUUUUCUUGAAAUCAAUUUUUUCCCAAGACGACCUUCAGUCGAUAAGUCAAAACAAUUAAUAAAAGUUUCAUGCUUAAAACUUUACCAGCGAGUUUUCUUUGGUCACAAUACUCUGGGCUUCCUUGAUAGAUUAGGAGCCUCGAAUCAUUUUACCCCGUAGUAAGCUAUGAAUGUGGGUACAUCGUUGUAGAAUAAUAAGGAAUUGUUCCACGAGCGCGCGUGAUGAUAGAUAGCCAACGAGGACCGUAGGGCGGAGUUGGCUAUAAUCAUCUCAUAUCCAGCAAAUGCGAGUAGAAUAAUUGUUUAACUAAAAACGCGCCAAAAUAUAGAUCAAUCUUCCUAACUUUUAUUAUGUAAGGACAAAAAACGCUUACCAUAUUUUUAGAGCAAGGUUUGAUGGGUCAUAACCCAUGAUGACUAAGCCAGUUAAAACUCUUGAAUCGAAUCAUCCGAUAAUCCAGUUUUAAUAAUAGAGAAUAUUGACAAUUACUUGAGAAUUUUAGUUACGUUGUUGUAUUAAUUCCACCAGGUGUACAAGGGAACCUCCGGCAGAGAACAAGAAUCAAUCAUUGGAUUCUACAACAAGGUGUACAUGGUUGCAAUGAAGUCCACCAUUCUUCAGUUUGCACCAAACAAGGUAAGUGAAACUUUUUUUUUUUUCAUUGUUAAUGGGAGUCUGUACACGAAUCAAGUAGCCUUAUCUUGGUGUCCACAGCAUGAAGUGACUAGGAGUGUUCCUUUUUCUCAUUGUUGGUUACUCAGCCCCCCUCCCCUUCCCAGCAUCUUGUCAGUUUUUCCAGGGAGACGCAUUGUGAGAGUUAAGUGUCUCUCCCUUGAACUCAACACAUUGAUUUGGCCAGGGUUCGAACGCGGACCUUUCGAUCCGGAGUCCACAUUCUUUCAUCAUCCUACUUAUCAUGGGUUGCACUCUUCCUUUCGCACGAUCCAACAGAUGUGAUAUUUGGUGAAUUCCAUGUCCGAAAAAUACUCGCGGUUUUUACUCGAACAUCGUUCUCUAACAUAACGUAACUUAAAUAAUAAGAUAAGAUAAAGAUAAGAUAAGAUAACUUUAUUUAUACACGGUAUUUCCAUCAGUUGUUAAUUAUCUAUAAAGGUAUAUCUAUCUUCCUAACUAUAAUAAAAUCUAAUAACAAUUCAAAUAAAAGAACAAAUAAAAAAUCUGCUUUUCAUGGAGGCCGUGUCUAAAAUUUAUUUAAAAUUAAGAUAUUACUUUAAAACUGUGGCGACUUAAUUUAGAUUUGAAAUCGGUCAGUGAAGACGCUUGUCUUAGGUCUAAGGGUAAGUCGUUCCACAAGUGAGCUCCGCUGUACAAAAAACUUCUCUUAAGAUAAUCAGUUCGAGGUUGUGGAAGAACUAAUUUGUUUUCCGUAUUCCUUAGACGAUAAGCACUUAUAUUGUCACGAUAUACAAAUCUUGAUCUUAGAUAAUCUGGUGUCAUACCAUGUAAAGUUUUAUACAUUAAGAUAGAUUUUUGUUCCAAUCUUUGAUAGUAGAGUCUUCGCCACCCUAGUGCCCGGAACAAAUCAUCUAAAUUACUAUCAUAGCUCGCAGACAUUAGCAUGCGAGCUGCCCGAUUUUGAAGCCUUUGCAGUUUUUCAGAAAGGCCCUUGUUACAGUUUCCCCACACUACAUUACAAUAAUCAAAAUGUGGUUGAACAAGGCUAUUAUAAACUUUAAUUAGAACAUUAAAUGGAGUGAAGUGCCGAAUUCGUUUAAUUGCACCAAUGGCACAAGCUAUCUUCUUAGAGAUGUUUUCAAUAUGACACUCCCAGUUGAUAUUUUGAUCGACAUAAACUCCAAGGGACUUAGCGGAGGUUACUUGUUCUAUUGCGAUUUCGUUUAUAGUAAGAGAAGGACUUUCCGUAAAUUGUGAUAACUUCUGCCUUGAUGCAAUAAGCAUAAACUCCGUUUUUGUCAUAUUUAGGGUAAGCUUGUUAGCACUCAGCCAUUCGUACACAUUACUCAGGUCGUAAUUAAGGCAAUAAUUUAUAUGAUCAAAGUCAGUACUGGCAAGCGUCAGACUGGUAUCAUCUGCAUACAUUCUGGGUUCCGAAUAUGUCAGACAAUGUGGUAAGUCAUUAAUAUAUAUUAAAAACAGAAGGGGUCCUAAAAUUGUUCCCUGGGGAACACCACAUCUUAGAUAUUUCGGAGUUGACUUACAAGAAUUUACAUGGCAAAUCUGUGUUCGAUUAUCUAAAUAAGAAACAAACCAUUGAUGACUGGUCCAACAAAUCCCAUAGUAUUGCAAUUUUCGUAGCAAAAUAUCGUGAUCUACUGUAUCAAAUGCCUUUUUGAGGUCUAAAAACCCUACGGCAUUAACAAGACCACGGUCUAUAUCCAUGGCCCAACUAUCUGUAGCUUCGAUAAGUGCUGUGAGCGUGGAAUGCAAAGACCGAAAACCAGAUUGAUGGCAUGAGAGAAAGUUGUUGUUAGUUAAAUAACGAUAAAGCUGAUCGUAAAUUAUCCGUUCAAAGACUUUGGCCACAACUGGAAUUAUUGAUAUUGGUCGAUAAUUAGUCGGAUCAGAGCGCUUCCCAGUAUUUUUAUACAAUGGAGUGACUCUGGCAGAUUUCCACUCAUCGGGAAAGAUGCCAGUCAUUAUGGAUUGAUUGAAUAGAUGAGUAAGAGAUUCCGCUAGAACAUCAGGACAUUCCCUUAGAAGUUUUGCUGAGAUAUUAUCUAAUCCAGUUGCCUUUGACUUGCAGAGCUUUGAUAGUAGUGCAAAGACAUGUGUUGGUGUUGUUUUUUCAAAAACAAAAUUUUUGUCAGUUUCAAUAAGAAAUUCUUCGAAGGAUUUAUCAACUUCUGGCACGUCUCUACUAAGGCCUAGCCCAAUUUCUGUGAAAAAUCAUGGCUUCAAGCUGAUAUGUAAUGUGCAGUUUAACUUUAGUUUGUUGAAGGGUUCAUGUAUUUUUUCCCGCACAGAACGUUCCUGUUUCACCUGCUCCCAAAAGCGCAGUGAGGUACAUUGUCAUUUUGUUCCAUGUAGUCGUGCGUGUGUUCUAAGACUAAUCGUUUGAUACGAUUUGUUAAUGACACUUAUGUGUUAAGAUCCCCGAUAAACAUUCUCGGCCAUUUGGUGUGCCCUUUCACCAUGUAUAUCUUCAUGUUUUUUGGCUUAAAAUACUAUUGUCGGUUUGUAGGGUUCCAGGGAAGAAUAAUUUUUAUCUAUCUCCUCUACGAAGCUCUCCAAGCGAAACUUUAACUCCAAAACCAAGGUAAGUAACAAGUGAAAGAAAUAACAAAGGAACAUGACUUUAUUCACUCAAGACCUUUCAUUUUAGUAACAAGCGAUGGGGAACUAGAAAAGCUUUCUCUCGUCUUCAAUGUUGAAAAUAUAUUUCAUAGUACUUGGUUUUUCUAAUUAGUUACUCGUUUACUUCGUAGGUCAUCGUUCAGCUUCGGGGAAUCCCCAGGGGUAAGUUUGUAUGAAAUUCCCACACAGUCUCCGCUCCCAAUCACCCCAGAUGUUAUUUUGGUAUUUUAACGAGGCGACUCCGGAAGUGAAAGGGAAUGACAAGUCCAAAGACUUGCGUGUAUACGUCACCCCGGGAGUUGGGAGGUUGCGGAAGGGGGUAGGGUGGAUUGUCAAUGUUUCAUGCCCUCUUAGGAAUCGCGUUUUUUUUUCCAUAAUGUAGUUGUUCUAUUUGUAAGACUUCUUUGUAUUACUAUUUACCUUUAGUCCGCUGACCGUGAAAGCCUGUCAAGAAUAAAUGCCUCCGUACGAGCAGCGGUGCACAGUCAACUCAAGGUACCACAGAAGAGAUUGCGCUUUGACGACUGUGACCAAACUGAACCAGGCCCUGUCCUCACGAACGGCCACUCGACAGAAAAGGAGACUGGGCCACAUUUGCAUGGAAGGAAUGCUUCGAAAGAAGAGGAAGAGAAAGGGGAUAAAAGUUAAUAAAAAAUGGGAAUAUCGCCCAGGGAGGUGUAAGGGGUACACCCAGGAAUUCUUGUUGAGGCUGUGCCUCUUGGUUUUCCUCUUGGCCCUUUAAAGGACAUAACCAUGAAAUUCCCGCAGCCUUUUUCUGACCUUGCCAAGUGAAGUGAACACAAUGCUUAAGAAUUUCAAUUAUUUAUUUGCUGUAAAAGUACUUUGAGAUAAUGAAAAGUUUUUAACGCGCGAACUUAUAGACCAGAGCGAGUUGCCUCGUUCAGGCGUCAUGGCUAUAGCAUCCACGUAUAUAUGUACUUCUUAACCCUUUAAAUUCUCUUCGACUUUAGUGGUCAAUACCGGAUUUCAGGUGGGGUGGGGUGGGUUGUGGUAGCACAUACCUACACGGCUAUAAAGGGGAGUAUCCCUUAUUUAUAAGGGAGGAGGGAAGGGGGGAAAGAAGUUCGUAACAAAGUAUUGCCAUGUAUGAAAUAUCGUGUCCUAAUUUACGCAGGUUUAAACGUAUUUGUCGUUAAAUUAAGUUUCGUCGUGGUUUUUUUGCUUCUUUUUUCGCUCCCAGAGUACUAUGUAUAGGUAUUUGAAAGAAAAUCUCUAGUCACUUAAGCAUGUGUCUUCUCCGAUGACAAGAAAAUUUAUGUCUAUAUUAGGGCGGUUUAAUGCCGGAAAUUCUUUUGUUGGCAAAGACAGAAAACAGGCCAUGUUAGCCGGGGAUGAAUCCUUCAUUAAGUUUUAUUGUUGAUUGUUCACUGGCGUGAAAACUAAACGAGGCGUUCCGUUAUGUCAACAAUUUCAUUUCUUCGGUCUUCGGGAUUCUGCUGCCAAAUUAGGAUAUUGAAAGAUUUAGCCCUGAAACAUCCAGAAAUUACGGUGUAUUUUUUCUUGGUAUUUAAUCUGAGUGGAUUUUAAUGAAUUGAACUUUAUAAGGAUGGACUAUUCUGCAAGUAGAACGUAUGAUGUGAAAGGCUACUGCUGCAUACGUUUAUCAGUGCGUUGAAAAUACGAUCAUGGACUACAGAUCGCUUAAUGUUCCAAUUCUAUUCUAAUUUUGGCCCGGAAUUUUUGGCAAGAUCUCAAGUCACGUUUUAUUUUGAGCGAGGUGAAUUCACAAAUUAUCCAGAAAACAUUUUAAUUAACCCACAUCUUACUUGAGUAGAUUACACGUUGAUUAAUGUAAAAAAGGUGAGCUUCAUUAUGGAAUAUCCAAUGUAUUUAUGCAUCAUGGCCAUUAGUCUUUUCCUGAGACUAAAUUGGUCAUAUUCCUGUAAAAAUCCUCCAAUUAUAUAUAUUAUUUAUUAUCACAUCCUGUUGCAAUCAUAUGUAUCCUGUCUUGCUCAUAAAUAGCUUGUCCGUUAGUACGGUUGAACAUGCAUGAAAUCUACUUUGGCGAGGUUUAGCAACUGUC